CCCUCCUGCACGCGCGGGAGCUGCGAACGGCGGCGGCGGCAGGCGCGCGGCCCGGCCUGACCCAGGGAUGCCUGCAAGGCAAGGGAAGGACAGCGAAAGCCAUGUCAGCUGCAGCAGUACCAGCACCAGCAGUUCAGCUGCUUGCUUCGGGCAGUAUCAAUUUACAGCAAAUGAAUAUCAAGCCAUCCAGCACGCUCUUCGUCAGAAACUGGGUCCAGAAUAUAUCAGCAGUCGGCAAGCUGGAGGAGGACAAAAGGUCUGUUACAUUGAGGGUCACAAGGUAAUCAGUCUGGCCAAUGAGAUGUUUGGCUUCAAUGGCUGGGCUCAUUCAGUCACUCAACAGAAUGUUGACUUUGUUGAUCUCAACAACGGCAGGUUCUAUGUGGGCGUCUGUGCAUUCGUGAGAGUCCAGCUUAAGGAUGGCUCAUACCAUGAAGAUGUGGGCUACGGAGUCAGUGAAGGCUUGAAGUCCAAGGCCUUGUCCUUAGAAAAGGCAAGAAAGGAGGCAGUAACAGAUGGACUCAAGAGGGCACUCAAGUGCUUUGGGAAUGCUCUUGGGAACUGCAUCCUAGACAAAGACUACCUACAAGCAGUUAAUAAGCUUCCACGUCAGGUGCCCCCCGAGUUAGAUCUGGUGAAAACUAAAAGACAGGACUAUGAGCCCAAAAUAGAGAAAGCAAGGUAUGAUGGCUGUUUGGAAAGGCAGAACCCAGGAUGGAGACAACAGUAUGAAAUGGCACCAACUCAUAAGCCCAGUCACACAGAGGCUUCUGGAGAGACAGAAGAUCAGAAGCAGCCAAGCAGUUCCGGAAACACAGAUUCCCCAGCUGCUGAGUGUGACGCCACGUACCAGCGGAAACUGCGACAAAAGCAGCUACAGCAACAGUUCCGGGAACAGAUGGAGAAGAGACGUCAGGUCACAGAAGUUACUCCCAGCAGUAAACAGGCAACAGCCAAUCCUCCCGUAAAACACAGCAGUCCGGCAGCAGUACAACAGCAACUGGCAAUUGAAGAAGAGUUCUUUGCAGAUGAUCUUGAACUUUGGGACAUUUCCUUGGAGACCACUGACCUUAACAAGUUGAUGUGUCACAAAGCAGCAGGCCCACCAGCAGCACACCAACCCCCCGAGACGCCCCGCGGAUGCCACCAGAUGACAACUCGUAACAGAACGCCCCAGAGAAUGCAUUCUCACAAACCUUCCGUGAGGUUUGCACAGUUGCAGCCCUCUGCUGCUCUCAUGGGCAGCAGCCACGGUGCCAACCAACACACACCAGCAGAGCAGAGCCCUCACAGGAGAAGCCAAAGCUGGAAGAAGCGGAGGCUAGAACCUACAUAGGACACCUGGUGGCAUCAUUACCUAAAUGCUGGAUUACAUCAUAAGACUGCAGUUGGCUGCUCAAAGUAUGUGAGGAAGCUUCAUCUAUUAAUAGAUUGUCCUGAAGCAACACAGAAUAGCCAGAGAGGCACAGCCAGCAAGAACUUCAUGUGCUUUGGGUUUAUUACAUAGCCCAGAUUUUUUUUUCUAUAAACACAUCAUCAUUUGUGCUCCUGCACAACUCGUGGCUGUUUUACAAAUAAUUUGCCUGAAAAUUGUAGCAUAAGUAAACCUUCAAAUGAGGCACCGUAGCUUCUUUCCUGCUCAGCGUUGCAUUUUGGCAUACAGAAAGUUUUUUCCAAGAAAAUGAGGGCAGGGUGGGCCAUGGUCCCAGGAAAGCAGACAGAAUGCAGCCUUGCAUUCCCUCGGGCAUUUUGCAGUUGUGGCAGCCUCUGCCUUUCACAUGCAGCCCAGCUGCCUGCCCGGAGGCUGCACAAGCAGGGUCAGAGCAUUGCCCUGACAGCUCUGCCUCAGCUCACCCCUCAAGCACACAGCAUCCCCAGGAGCAGCAGCAGCACGUCCAUCUGUGCCCAUGCAGCACAGGGGCAGGAACACGCAGGGGCUGCUAGUGAGGAGUGCAUACAGCCUCUAAGUGCUUGUUUGGACCUUUUGUGAAAUGAAUGAGAGCCGCAAUUUUAUACUUUUAAAUAAGCUUUUACUCCUUUUUAACACGAGAAUAAACACUAAAUUUGGACAGACAAACCAAGCUUGUUAUUUGUGCCUUCUUCCUAUUCAGUUCCAACUGUUUAACAAGCUCAGAGAAGUUUGUGAGCAGGUACAAGUAGAAAGCUAGAGAUUACCACUGCAUGCACAGCUUUGCAUUUGCUUUAGUAUGGGCAAACAGAAAGGUUCAAGUGGAUUUUUAACAUGAGAGCAAAGCAACAGUUGCUCCUCUUAGUAAUAAGGUCAAAGCAAGAUCUUUCAAGCAGCAUUUAGGAAGUCCUCUGUGCCCACCUCAGGCCCCGCUCUGGUAAGAGAACGGUUCUGUUGGCAGCUACUGGGUCUCUUUCUCUUCUGGUGAAGGGACUCAGCUGCAGCCCCUGCUGUCUCAGGCAGGAGCUGGGCACCGCCAGCCAAGCAGUGGCAGCACCCUCCAUGCCAAAAGCAGCCUGAGCCCAGGACUUGAGAGGGGAAGCUGGUUCUGUGUUACCUAGCGGCAGCACUGGAAGGAUGGUGCAGCAUGGCUGGGGCUGGACCCAGGAAAACUGACACCAAUUUUGACUAAUCUGACCCUGAAACUGAUGUCAGACUUGAAACAGGACCUUAUUUCUGUGCUCUGCUAUCAUUACCGUUCUAUCCAGAUGAGUUUCGUAAAGCAAUCUAAAUGUUACCCAGGAGGUAUGAAGCAUUGACUCCUGUCCCUCCUAUUUCACCUUCGCCACUUAUCAGUCCUUUUUUCUUAUGCAGCCUCUAUUACCCACUCACCUCUCGAACAGGACAAACAAGGACCGAUGUUGGUACCAAAAGACAGGACAAAUGAAAUUAACUGUCACAGAUCAUUACCUAGAAAACAGUUUCAGAUUUCAGCAAUACUGGUUUCUCUCCAACUCAGUGCUGAGUGAGAUCAGAGCAGCUCAGGAAAGAAAUACAUACCACACAUCUGAGUCAUGCGCCCAGUGUUGAAAUAAGAUACCUGUAAGGAAGGGAAUGUGCAGACACACCACUGCUGUGUUCAGCAAAGCCUCCCCCAGCUCUUACAACAGAAAACCUGAAAGUCUCUGACAAUUUCAUCAGCUUUCUUGACAGCAGAACAGUGCAAAGAAAGAGAUGCCUCCUCCAGAGGGGGUCAGUACCUCUCAGCUUGGUCCUUCUUUAAAAAAAGCAGUAACGUUCAUCCAUGGAGCUUUUCCUUUAAGGACUUGAGCAGCAUGACUCAUAACAGAAGCUGUUCUUAAAAUGGAAAGAAAUGCAGCAGUAAUUAGUGUUUAGAAAUACCAAGUAAUUCCUGCGAGCCUACAGC